CAGAAGGCCAGCAUAAUGUUUUUGCUAUUGAUUCAAAUGCUGCUGAUUUCAUGCCAUGGAACAAGGGAGCAAACAGAAGAGCUACAGAAGAAAAGGGGAGAAACAAUUCCACACUUUUUGACUCAAGAUUUGCUAAGGGAAGAUCUAGCCGAUAAUGAGGGCGUUCCGGAACGUGGUUGGUUUGGGGCAAACCCAUUGGCAGAGAUGACGAGCAAGGAGCAAGAUGAAUCCCAAAGGGCCAAAUUUGUUUCCCCAUAUAGAGAUGCAACUCAAGAUGUUGGGAACUGGGCCCCCACAUGUGGGUCUCCGCAUUCAGAGGAUGCAAAAAAAACAUCUUCCCAUCCACACUGCAAAAGGGAAGCAGAAUCACCCUUCAGGAAAGAUGCCAAAAGGUUCUGGGACCUUUUUAUGUUGAAAACCAAGUCAAGGUCUGAAGAAGUUGUCCUUCCCAUCAAGACCAAUGAGAUGUACGAGGAGACUUGCAGCACUCUGCCAUUUUCUCAGAGCAUUGUGUAUGAGAACUGUGAGACGGUGGUGGUGCAGAACAACUUAUGCUUUGGGAAAUGCAGUUCCUUUCAUGUUCCUGGUCCUGAAGAUCGCCUUUAUACCUUCUGUUCCCACUGCUUGCCAACCAAGUUUUCCAUGAGACAUUUGGAGAUGAACUGUACCAGGGUUGCUCCUCUGUUCAAGGUGAUUAUGAUUGUAGAAGAAUGCAAGUGUGAGGUUCAGAAGAUUAAAGACCCUGAGAUAGGAUUUCUGCACUCAGAUGUGCAUGCAAAUGUAUACAAACACAACUGAUCCUUUCAAAGCUACCUUUAUCCUUCACAUUGGCAAGAAGAGACAAGAUAUCCAUUACACG